CCAGCAGCAACUGCUAGCACCUGCUAGUUGGUACAGCGUAGGGCAUUCCGCGGGAGCAAUUACCGCGGACUAUGGUAAUUCUUCGUACCAUGCCGGCUAUGCCGGCAUUCGCGGCAGUCUGUGGGCUGACGCUCGUCAUCUCUUCCCUUCUGGUGGUAUGCUCUCACGCGCGCGAUCCCUCCAGCAGUCGCCUUCCCGCCGACCGCAGUUUUGAAGCUUCGAAUUCUUCCUUGGUUCCCCACUGGGCCUCCGGCGAAGGCGAAGGAAACGAAGGCGCUCGCGUUGAUAUCGGGAAGCAAAUUCCGCACCGCAGAUCUAUCCCCACCGCCGCCUCCCCGGAAGGUGGGGAGUCGGCGGCGCGGCCCUCGGCGCGCGCCGCAAUAAGCAGCUAUGACGGGUCGCGGCUGGCGGGGGGAGAGGUCCCGGAAUGGGUGGCAGGGGACAUUCUGCAUUAUAUAAAGGAGGGACUUGACGAACUUCUUGGCGAAGGGGGCGGUGAUGGCGCACCAGGCGGCGGUGCUGGUGAUUGGGAUUCUUUCUUGGGGGGAUGGAGGGACGAGCACGGGAUUGGAAGUGGGGAAUGGAGGGGAGCAGGCGGUAAGAAGGGGUGUGGGAAAUGGAGGCAGGAAAGUGGCGCGGCGACGAGAGCCAUUAGCAGCCGCAGCCGCAGCAGCAGCAGCGGAAUCCGCGACACUGAUUGCAGCCGGGACUUUGGUGGUAGGACUACUGCGGAGAGUAUGGUGAGGAGAAGAUCGCUGAGGAAAAAGCCGUUGGUGCCGGAUUUGAUUGUGGCUCAAGAUGGGUCGGGAAACGUCACUAAUCUGGAGGACGCAGUGCAGAUCAUCGACAGCGAGAAGAAGCGCAAGUCGUGGUUCAUAGUGCUCUUAAAGCCCGGCACGUACGUGGGCAACGUGGAGGUGAAGAGCCGCAACGUGGUGCUCGCCGGCAGUGGCGCAUGGCGCACGGUCAUCACAGGCAACCGCAGCAAUGGGGAUGGCUACGACACAUGGGACACGGCCUCCUUUGUUGCGUCGGGCGACAACUUUGUGACGGCGGGCAUUCGCUACGAGAACAAGGCGGGGCCUGACAUGGAGGCAGGGGUGGCCUUUCGCGCAUCCGGGGACAGAACCCUUGUGUACCGUUGCAUCUUUGCUGCCUUCCAGGACACGGUGAAUGCACACCGCGGCAGGCAGUACUACCGCAACUGCGCCAUCUUCGGCCACGUGGACUUCAUAUUCGGCCGACAUGGCGCCGCAGUCUUCGACCGCUGCCGCAUCACCCCCAUCCAGCGCCCGGGGAAAUCCAGCCCCGCAACCAUCGCCACCCACGGUGGGGACUCGCCGUCCAAAAGAGAGGGCGGCUUUGUCUUCUACCGCUGCUGGAUUGCGAGUGCCCCUCGGGGAGUUAAAGCCUACCUUGGCCGGCCAUGGAGGGCACACGCCCGUGUGGUGUACAUGUUGAGCUAUUUGUCCGAUGCGAUUCUUCCUGAGGGGUGGGUUCCUUGGCCGGGCGAGGACUUUGGAUCGAAGCUGUUUCUGGGCGAGUACCGGAAUGUGGGGCCGGGUGCGGGGACAAGCGAGCGCGUGUCGUGGGCUCGGCCAGGGUUGCUGGAUGAAACUGAUGCGGCUUCGUACAUGCCUGAUGUGUUCAUUCGGGCCAGGAGAUGGGUGCGCAGGACACCCUUGGAUAUCAAGUACCCGUAACGGCCACGGAAGUUGAAGCCAGGGUGGUUGAUGAGGCAACCCAUAUGGGGAGCAGACUGGGAAAGCUGCAGAUGUGGGAAGCAGAGGGAAGAAUGGCAGGAAGCCAUGCGAGUAGUCUUUGGCAUCCCGUCCCGUGCAUGUGACAGGGGGCCAGAGUGGGGGGUGUUGAACUUGUUGGGGCGAGCAACCAAGGACGGCCAGUUCUCGCAUGUGUUAGAAUUGACUCAAAUGGCAAGGGUCCAAUGCUAUUGUGCCCAUCUCGAGCUCAAUUUAAGCUGGAAAUUAGUGCCUACUUGUGUGCUGGGUGUGGAACAGGCCCCUAGAUUGCAGGAAAUUUUUCCUGAUUCAGGAAAAAAACAGAGUUGUUGCUGGUACCAGUCCUGAUUGUCCAUGAUUUUUCGAAAGGCAUUU